UUCUUUUUUUUUUUUUUUUUUUGUUCUAUUUUAUUUGUUUAUUCAUUUAUUUAUUUGUUUGUUUGUGUGCUUCUUCGCUUUUAUGCUACCCGAUUAUCUGCUUGUGUUUGGCAAAAGCGUUGUUGUUUUAGAGUUGUUCGUGCAAAAAUAUUGUUCUGCAACAUUUGUUCUUGUUCUUUCCUUUUUUGUUCUUCCGUUCUUUUGUUCUUCCAUUUUUUGUUGUUCUUUUUUUUUGUUCUUCCUUUUUUUUGUUCUUCCUUUUUUUGUUCUGACUAAACAUUUACCGAAAAAUAUUUGCUUCAAAAAUAGGGUACCUACCAGAAGCAGUACUUCGCCCCAUUUGACGCAUUUUUACCCUUUUACCUUUUCCUUGAUUUUAUGUUCGCAUUUUAUUCCGAGUUACGCGUACAAAAUGGCAAUCACAAAUGAGGAGAUAAAAACGGCGGGCAAAAUUGUAAGGCGAGCUUCAAAUAUCGAGGCUUUUGACAAAUCCGGAGCUGUGUUUAAGGGAUAUCAAGUAUGGACCGAUAUAUCUCCGACAAUAGAGGAAAAUCCAAAUAUCAUGUUUGUAAAAUGUGUUGUACAGCAGGGAUCUAAAAAGGAGAAGUUAACCGUUGUGCAGAUCGACCCCCCCGGAUCAGGAUCUGUAAAUAAUGAAAAAAUAGAACAAAGCGCAAUCUAUCCAUACGAAAUCGACAUAGACCAUGCCUGGAACUGCAACUCACAAGUGGACCCGAUGUCGUUUGGAGAUAUCGGCUUGCUGAACCAUACGAACAUCCCGUGUGUGUUGGACUUUCUGAAACACAGAUAUUUCAAGAACCAGAUAUACACCACUGCUGUGCCGCUAAUCGUUGCUAUCAAUCCGUACAAGGAUUUGGGAAAUACGACUGCUGAAUGGAUUCGAAAGUACCGUGACACUGCUGAUCAUACGAGGCUACCACCACAUAUUUUUUCCUGUGCAAGGGAAGCUCUUUCGAAUCUUCAUGGUGUGAACAAAAGCCAAACGAUCAUCGUUUCGGGUGAAUCAGGUGCAGGAAAGACAGAAGCGACGAAGCAAAUUAUGAGAUAUUUUGCAUCCUCCAAAAGUGGAAACAUGGACCUAAGUAUCCAGACAGCGAUCAUGGCAGCAAACCCAGUUCUCGAAGCCUUUGGUAAUGCGAAAACGAUUAGAAAUAACAACUCCUCCCGUUUUGGUCGUUUCAUGCAGUUAGUUAUAUCUCACGAGGGAGGUAUUAGAAACGGUUCAGUGGUUGCCUUUCUUUUGGAAAAAUCGAGAAUUAUAACUCAGGACGAUAAUGAAAGGUCAUAUCACAUAUUUUAUCAGUUCCUUCGUGGUGCCAGCAAAAGUAUGAAGGAGAAAUUUGGACUUAGAGAUGUAAAGAGUUACAGAUUGUUGAACCCAAACUCGACUGAAGUACCUUCUGUAGAUGAUGAAAAAGAUUUCGAAGAAGUGAUGGAAUCUCUAAAAAAUAUGCAGCUAACGAAUGACCAGAUAGAAUACAUUUUUUCCAUAGUGGCUGGUAUUCUAACGUUGGGAAAUGUACGAAUGAUAGAGAAGGCAGAAACAGGAUUGAGUGACGCAGCAGCUAUUCAUGAUGAAGACACGGAGUUGUUUAAGAGAGCCUGUGACUUAAUGUUCUUAAAUCAUGAGUUGGUAAAGAGAGAAUUAUUAAUAAAAGUUACGAACGCUGGAGGAAAUAAAAUCGAAGGAAGAUGGAAUAAGAGUGACGCAGAAGUGUUGCAGUUGUCCCUUUGCAAAGCUAUGUAUGAAAAAUUAUUCCUCUGGAUCAUCAAGAAUUUGAAUACUAGAAUUGAGCCAGAAGGUGGGUUUAAGGUAUUCAUGGGUAUGUUGGACAUUUUCGGUUUUGAGGUGUUUAAGAACAAUUCGCUGGAACAGCUAUUUAUUAACAUCACGAAUGAAAUGCUCCAGAAGAACUUUAUCGACAUUGUUUUUGAGAGGGAAUCCAAAUUGUACAUGGAGGAAGGAAUAUCUACUGCUGAAUUGAAGUAUACUAGUAACAAGCCAGUAAUUGACCUCCUAUGUGAGAGAGGAAAAUCAGUUCUCUCCUACUUGGAAGAUCAGUGCCUUGCCCCAGGAGGAUCAGAUGAAAAGUUCGUCAGUGCUUGUAUUACAAAUCUGAAGAAUAAUGAACGAUUCACUCCAGCGAAGGUUGCUUCGAAUAAGAAUUUCGUCAUCCAGCACACCAUUGGUCCGAUUCAAUACUGCUCAGAUAACUUUUUACUAAAGAAUAAAGACGUGUUGAGAGGAGAACUGGUUGAGGUCAUCAAAAGUUCAGACAACGAAAUAGUGAGGAACUUGUUUGAAGGUCAAGUUAUAGAAAAGGGAAAAAUUGCCAAAGGGUCGUUAAUAGGAUCUCAGUUCCUGAACCAGCUAACUGCACUAAUGACACUGAUCAACAGCACAGAACCACACUUCAUUCGUUGUAUCAAGCCAAAUGAAAAUAAGAAACCGCUAGAAUGGUGUGAACCGAAAAUAUUGAUCCAACUUCAUGCCCUCUCCAUUUUGGAAGCCCUCGUCCUGCGUCAGUUAGGCUACUCCUACAGAAGAACCUUUGAAGACUUCCUAUACCAGUUCAAAUUUAUCAACAUUGCUAUUGCUGAGGAUUCGUCCCUUGAUUCCAGAUCCAAGUGUGAGAAGUUACUGCAAUCUUCGGGCCUCGCCGAGAAUAUGCUAAAAAUUGGAAAGACCAUGGUGUUUCUGAAACAGGAGGGUGCCAAAUUACUCACAACUCUCCAGAGGGAGAAGCUCGUCGAGUGGGAGAACUGUGUCAGCGUCAUCGAGGCCGCCAUCUUAAAGCACAAGUACAAGAGCAAGGUGAACGAGAAUUUGCCUUCCCUCACGAGGGUCCAGGCCCACAUAAGGAAGAGACUCACGGUGUAA